AUGUGUCCUAUUGCUGAGAUGGAGUUUCUCAUAUCUCCCCAUCAAUCUGUGACCGUAGCGAUAUUGAAUAUCCUCAUACACAUCAUGGUUUCUCAAGAUAUAUUUCGGGUCCUGCCUGGCCGCUUCAUUGGUGAUAACGGGGUUCUAUCACUUCUCAUAUUCCACAAAUCAUGCAAAACUCAGAGUCUCUUAUCCACAGGGCCUGCUGAGCGGGUUCUGCGGCUCGCUUAUAUUGGCAAAAUGGACAAAGACAUAGCAUGUCGUGAGUUGUUGAAGAGUCCAACAUUGAAACAUCUACCAACUUCAACUACAACUAUGUCCGAUUACAACCCAGUAAAGGAUCUAGGUCUCACCUGUCCCUACGGCGGAUUCUUCUACAUCUGCCCCAACGAUCCAGACCACUUCAUCGGCUGCUGCACCAUCAACCCCUGCGGCGCCAGAAAAGGUCUCUGUCCCGAUCAGAAUCUCAGAGCAGCCAGCUUCAACGCGACACUACAGCACGAGUUCCUCCCUCAGGCUUGUAUUAAUGACAACGUCGAUGUUAGUUGGUACACCUGCGCUGGAAAUGCACUUCCUUUUCUGGGAUGUUGUGCUGUGGAUCCUUGUCUUCGUGGUGUUUGCCCUCAGGGAGAUCUGAGAGCGGCGAAGUUGAGUGACAAGGUUGAGAUUGCGCAGGACUUUCUUGAUGGAGGUCCUGAAUAUAUGCCGGGACCUACUUCUUCUGUCUUCGAUCCAGGACUAGGUGCCUCUUCAGCCAGUCUGUGUGCGAGUUCAACUACUGCACUGGCGACCAUCAUCUCCAGCUUCAUCACUUCGUUCACUACGGAAACAGCCAUUGCAACAAUUACCUCUGCCAUAACGACUUUGUCAUCAGAGGCUCCUGAUGCACCCCUUACGAGACCCGAAGAGCACGACUCGGACCGAAGACUUCUAUGGCUGUUCCUUUUGCUUUUCAUCCCAGUUUUUCUAUUUCUGUACCUUGCACACCGUUUCUGGGAGGACCCAUCCUGUCCAGACUGGGUAAAGAAACCAGACGAAGUAGAAUCCGAACAGGGCCACAAACAGGAACACCGACACGAAGAACAUCAUGAAUACGAACACAACCCGAACAUGCUUCCAGACUCAGCUACCGAUGAGACACGAAUAAUUGAUGACUUCCCGGACAUUAGGGAGCGGCCAAGAAGGAAUAACUCCCGAACAGUCCACGAACAUCCACAGAACAAGCAAGGUCAACGCCCUGAGAAUGGUCCAGCUAUUAAAGAUGAAAACUCCCGUGACAACAAAGACAAAGGAAUUCUCGACCUGCAUAGAGAAUCGACUCAACAAGAACUCUACGCAUCAUUAGUAGCGUCAGGGGCAGAAUUUCCUCUCGCCAGGCAGAGGGCGACUCAGACAGAGCAAGGCCAGCAACGACAACUCGUUUCAGACGUCUCAACAACGUAUGAACCAACCAAAAUCAUACUUGUCCGGAAUUUCAAUCAAGGCUGCGACACGCCGCCUGUCGAGGAGUGUCUUCCACCCCUAUUUUCGAAUCACCAUUACAAACAUGAACGAGUACCCGACCACAAGCCUAGGAAACUGACGAAGAUGAGACGUCACCAAAAAGACCGGAAAUUCAGAGGAGCUCUCGAUAUAAUAUCGGUCAUUUCUGACGCUCGAAAUUCACCUACUGAACAGGCGGUCCCUCCUCAAACUUGGCGAUAUCCAGGAAUCAGGAAGCCACCCCCAUCAUCGAGGCGUACUCCCAACAAACUCCGGAAACGUCGAAGACCUGACGAAGUGUGA